UAGACAUCAGAGCCACAGGCACAAACACUUCGUUCUGGUGCACGGCGUAUGCACAUGGCGGCUCCGGCUGACCAAGCUAGCAGCAAGCACUUCGUUCUGGUGCACGGCGUAUGCGUCGGCGGUUGGGCCUGGUUCAAGGUCGCGACGCGGCUCAGGUCGGCUGGGCACCGCGUCAGCACGCCUGACCUAGCGGCGUCGGGCGUGGACCCCAGGCCGCUGCGCGAGGUGUCGACGUUCUUCGACUACAGCAAGCCGCUGCUGGACCUCCUGGGGUCCCUCCCGCCCGGGGAGAAGGUGGUGCUCGUCGGCCACAGCCUCGGCGGCGUGAGCAUUGCCCUCGCCUGCGAGCUGUUCCCGGAGAAGGUCGCCGCUGCGGUGUUCGUCUCCGCCUUCAUGCCGGACCACAGGUCGCCGCCGUCGUACGCGCUUGAAAAGUACAUGGAGCGGAGAAUGGACUGGAUGGACAUGGAGUUUAAGCCUCAAGAUCCUGAGGGCAAGCUCCCUACUUCCAUGCGGUUCGGGCCGCUGGUCACCCGAGCAAAGUUCUACCAGGUGUGCUCGCCGGAGGACCUCACGCUGGGAAGAUCCCUGAUGAGGGUCGGCUCGAUGUUCGUGGACGACCUGAAACUGCAGCCACCGUACACCGAGGCUCGCUACGGGUCUGUGCGCAAGGUGUUCAUCGUCCUCAAGGACGACAACGCCAUCUUCGAGGGGUUCCAACGGUGGAUGGUGCAGAACUACCCCGUGGACGAGGUCAGGGAAAUCCACGGCGCGGACCACAUGGCGUUGCUCUCGACGCCGGCCGAGCUCGCGCGCUGCCUCGCCGACAUCGCCGGCAACUAUGCUGCCUGCAUUGUCGAUGGUGUGGCGCCCGUUGCUCGUUGCCGGUAUUAG